UUCUUUUACAUUUUCAUUUCAUUUUUGUACUUAUCUCCAGACUUGGAAGUUGCAACAAUAAAUACGAUCAAAACAACCUUCUUUUUUUUCUUCUUCUUCCUCUGUUUUGCCUUGAUCUUCUCUUUUCUGCUCUUUUUUAUCGAUCUCCAUUAAUUUCAGUUUGUUGAAGCAACAUGGGGGGUGGAAAAGACAACCACGAUGAAUCUGACAAAGGGCUGUUCUCAAAUCUUGCUCAUGGUCUUGCUGGUGGGCAUGGAGGACAUGGAUACCCUCCUGGACAAUACCCACCGCCUCCUGGGGCGUACCCACCACAACAGGGCUACCCACCUCAAGGCUAUCCUCCCCAGCAUGGUGGAUAUCCUCCCCAGCACGGUGGAUAUCCUCCAUCUGGCUACCCUCCUCAAGGUGGAUAUCCUCCAUCUGGCUACCCUCCCCAAGCUGGAUAUCCUCCAGGUGGUUAUCCCGGGGCUCAUGGUUCACAUUCUGGAGGUCAUGGUUCACAUCAUGCAGGAGGAUCAGGAGGCAUGGGAGCCAUGGGAGGAAUGCUGGCUGGAGGUGCUGCAGCAGCAGCAGCAGCUUAUGGAGUUCAUCAUUUGACAUCUGGGUCUCAUGGCCAUCAUGGUGGUGGUGGUCCUCUUGGUCAUUUUGGUGGUGGCCAUCAUGGAGGGAAAUUUAAGCAUGGGAAGCACGGGAAGUUCAAGCAUGGAAAGUUUGGCAAGCAUGGUGGUGGAAUGUUUGGUGGCGGCAAGAAGUUCAAGAAGUGGAAGUAAUUUGGUUGCCUUCUAAUCUUCAGUAUACAUAAUAACUUAAUUGGCUAAUUGGCACUGCUUAGCUUGCCGUUAAGCUGAGAUAUUGUUUACCUAUUGUGCUAAGGAUGAUGUUGGAUUUAGAAUUAUGUUUCUUGUCUUGGAUUGUGUUCUCCUUUGUGGUCUGAAUCAGUCGCUUGGCGUCCUCUUGGCCGUGUCGUAGCGGUAUGGAUAUAUACACUAAAGGCAUACGUGGCUUGUCUUUCCUAUU